UCUCUCUCUCUCUCCAUGUUCUUGGUGUUAUUAUAAGUAGGGAAAACAAGGAAGAAUCUUGAUAGUUGAUAUCUGAGUAGCAAAUGGGUCGAACACCAUGCUGUGACAAGGUGGGAUUGAAGAAAGGGCCAUGGACACCUGAAGAAGAUCAGAAGCUCUUGGCCUACAUUGAAGAGCAUGGCCAUGGAAGCUGGCGUGCCUUGCCUUCCAAAGCUGGGCUUCAGAGAUGUGGGAAGAGUUGUAGACUGAGGUGGACUAAUUAUCUGAGACCUGAUAUUAAGAGAGGGAAGUUCAGUUUACAGGAAGAACAAACCAUCAUUCAACUCCAUGCUCUCUUAGGAAACAGGUGGUCGGCUAUAGCAACUCACUUGGCUAAAAGAACUGACAACGAGAUCAAAAACUAUUGGAACACACACUUAAAAAAAAAGUUAGCUAAAAUGGGCAUCGACCCGUUGACCCACAAGCCCAAAAACGAAGCCCUAUUAUCCAGUCACGGCCCAUCCAAGAACGCCGCUAAUUUGAGCCAUAUGGCCCAAUGGGAGAGCGCUCGGCUUGAAGCCGAAGCCAGAUUAGUCAGACAAUCAAAGCUCCGCUCCAAUUCACUCAAACUCCAACCCCAGCUUGGUUCGACUCAGCCGGAAUUCACCUCGGCUUCAAUUUCGAUGAAUAAAAAUGUGGCGGCACAACGGUGUCUUGACAUACUAAAUGCUUGGAAUGGCGGCGGCGAAGAUCUAGAGUCACCAAAGUCCACUAUGAGCUUCUUGAAAAAUGCGCCACCGAUCGCCACUACUGGAGUCGGAGAGAGUUCGGCACCAGCGGAGUUUAUUGAGUUUGUAGGUAAUUCAGGCUCUCAAUUUAUGAAUGAAGGGGAAGAAGAUUGGAAAGGACUCGGAAAUUCGAUGUCAUACACGUCGGGGAUUCAUGACGUGGCUGUGGAAGGCAGCGCGUGGAGUCCAGAGUCUCUCAGGACAAGUGGUAAUGAGAGUGUUAAUGGUAUUGAGAACUUUGUGGAGACAUUUACUGACCUUUUGCUUAGUAAUUCUGGUGACCGGAGUUUCUCCGAGGGUGGUGGUGAGUCGGACAGUGGUGGUGGUGGUGAGAAUUGCAGUGGCGGCAGUGGCAGUGAUUAUUAUGAAGAUAACAAGAAUUAUUGGAAUAGCAUUCUUGAUCUGGUGAAUUCUUCGCCCUCGCAUUUCUAAACAUGUCAACUUAUAAUCAUAAUUUUAAAUAAUAAUAUCAAAAUAUUUGUCAAUAUCGAUAAUAUCAUCAUAUGUCAAUCGAUAUUAAAAAAAAAAAACUGGUUAUAAUUUAUGUUUUCAUCAACCUAUGUCAUAGAAACAGUAAUGCUUCCAUUAUUGUCAAAAUCAUGUAUUUUGUAUGGUCUUUCUCAUGUGCAUUCUUAUGUAAAAUAUAGUUUAAAUUAGUAUUUGUUAUGAAUUUUUGAAAGAUGUUUGCUUAGGGAACCUUGUAAUAUUUAUUAUUUUUAUUUUUGUUUUUAUCACAGCUAUUGUAAUGUUUAGUAAAUUAUCAAAUCAAAA